ACAAUAGACAAUUUUUAGUCCUGUAUAAGCACUUUUUAAUAAAGUGCUUCACUACCAAAUUUGAUUUUUCAACCAAUUCUCUCUGUGGUUGCAGUUGCAGGCAUGGAUAUUGCAGACUCGAAACGAAGGAGCAAAUUCUCCGGCAAGAUUUUCGCAGCAGCCGGCCUAAUCACCCUCUGCAUUGUCUUGUUCAAGCAGUCACAUGAUUCUAGCAGUCCCAACAAGAUCUUCUCUUAUCAUGAAGCAGGGAUCACGCAUGUCUUGGUCACAGGAGGUGCUGGCUACAUAGGUUCUCAUGCUGCACUUAGGCUUUUGAAGGACUCAUACCGUGUAACGAUAGUGGACAAUCUUUCUCGAGGAAACAUCGGUGCUGUUAGGGUUCUUCAACAGUUGUUUCCAGAACCCGGGAGGCUGCAAUUCAUAUACGCUGACCUCGGAGAUGCAAAAGCCGUCAAUAACAUCUUCUCAGAGAAUGCAUUUGAUGCUGUCAUGCAUUUUGCAGCUGUUGCUUAUGUUGGUGAAAGUACACUCGAGCCUCUUCGAUACUAUCACAAUAUCACAUCAAAUACCCUCUUGGUUUUGGAGGCAAUGGCAGCACACAAUGUAAAAACAUUGAUCUAUUCCAGUACUUGUGCCACUUAUGGUGAACCUGAGAAGAUGCCGAUCACCGAAGAAACCGAGCAAGUCCCAAUCAAUCCAUAUGGAAAAGCAAAGAAGAUGGCAGAAGAUAUCAUACUAGAUUUCUCCAAAAACUCAAACAUGGCAGUCAUGAUCUUACGAUAUUUUAAUGUGAUAGGAUCAGACCCUGAGGGAAGACUAGGAGAGGCUCCUCGACCUGAGCUACGUGAGCAGGGACGAAUCUCUGGUGCCUGUUUUGAUGCCGCUCGAGGGAUUAUUCCUGGACUGAAGGUAAGAGGAACAGACUAUGAAACAGCUGAUGGCACUUGUGUGAGGGACUAUAUAGAUGUCACUGACCUGGUUGAUGCUCAUGUAAAAGCUCUCGCCGGCACACAACCUGGGAAGGUUGGGAUCUACAAUGUCGGCACUGGAAAAGGUAGUUCAGUGAAGGAAUUUGUUGAGGCAUGCAAGAAGGCGACAGGGGUGGACAUAAAGGUUGAUUACCUCGACCGAAGGCCAGGGGACUAUGCUAAAGUUUAUAGUGAUCCUUCCAAGGUAAGGCAGGAGCUGAAUUGGACAGCCCACUACACACUUCAAGAGAGCCUGCAGAUUGCAUGGAGAUGGCAAAAAUCGCAUUUGAAUGGCUAUGGUCCUUAGGUUGAAAAGAUACCAGAGAUAUCGUUGCGGAAGCAGGAUGUUGCUCCUUGAGUUGAACAUGGAUUUCCUUUUAAUUGGAACACUACAUAAAUUUCCAAUCGGCGAGGAAGAAAGUCUCUGGGUUUGUUGAGAGAAGAGAGUGCCCUCCCUCUUGAUUCAUAUAGGACAAGAGUAACCCUGUGUGUAUUUUUACUCCUGUACUUUUUUCAAGCCCAGAAAAAGAAUAGGAGAGGAUAUUAGAUAACUGAUCUAAACAGAUGAAACAUUUAAAGUACUGUAUACAUAGCCAGUUUGAGUGUUAUCUGCGGAUAAGUAUAAUUGCUAAAUUUCAUGUAAAUUGCUCUAAAUCACUUAAAACAAAUUAGUUUCUUUCCUAUUUUCCUUGGCAAUGUAUGAGUUCUCUAUUUGAAGAACAAUUGAUAAAUCAUAAAUGAAUGCUCGUGUCGUAUA